AUGCCAAAUCGACAACGAUUAAGUACAAUACUAAAUGAUCAUAAUACCAAUCGGUAUUCAUCGAAUAUUAUUUCCAGACGUUUUAGUGAAAGUAAUUCUAAAUCUAAUACAAAUGUGUUUAAAUUAACCACCCAAGAAAGAUCAAUAUCGACAUGUCCCAGACAUUCAGUAACACAAUAUGCAAACGGAAUGAUUCGUUCAAGUUGUGCAUCACUACCAAGUCAAACUCGAAAUAUAAAUGGAACUAAUCAACAACGACGAGCAGUUUUUGAUUUUGAACAUGCAAGUCGAUUUUUACAAAGUCGUCGUCGAGUUGUUAAACUGCUCAUUACUUUGGUCAUUGUCUUUUUUAUUACAAGACUUCCAUUAAAUAUUUUAUCAAUUUAUAUUGAUAUAACAUCUGAUACAUAUAUUCCGGAAGAUGCAUAUAAAAAUAGAACUAAAUUAGAAUAUGAUCCAGAUCAAGGAGCUGCUCAAUCAUUAUAUGUAAAAAAUACAGAUAAGAAUAUGUUUCUUGUUCUUUAUGUUAAUCCAAUAUUUCAAUUAUUUUCUUUAUCGAAUUCAACUAUUAAUCCACUAUGUUAUUGUGUUAUGAGUCGUGCUUUUAAACAUAUUUUUAUGAUAUUUCAACAGAAAAUACGACGUAGUCGUAAGAAAGCUUCAUCCUUAACACUAGUUCAAUGA